GUGCAGCGUUGUCUGCUGCUGCUGCUGCCGCCGCCGCUGCUGCUGCAAAGAUCAUAGAGCGGAGAGUUGCUGCUCCUGGUCUGAUCGCAGGCCGGGCGGCCCUUGACUCGGAGCGGCCGCUAUGGCGGUGGAGUUGACCUUCCUGGGCACCGGCUCGGCCUACCCGUCGCCGACACGCGGAGCCUCGGCCGUGGCGCUGCGCUACGAGGGCGAGUGCUGGCUCUUCGACUGCGGCGAGGGGACGCAGACACAGUUGAUGCGGAGCCAGUUGAGAGCAGGUAAAAUUUCAAAAAUUUUCAUUACUCAUCUUCAUGGUGAUCAUCUAUUUGGUUUGCCUGGACUUCUAUGCACAGUAAGCCUCCAGAGUAGUUCUCUCUUAAACAAACAGCCUGUUGAAAUUUAUGGGCCUGUUGGAUUAAGGACAUUUCUGAGGACGUGCAUGCACCUGUCUCACUCGCAAUUGGUCUUUUCGUAUGUAGUCCAUGAACUGGUACCAACUGAGGAUCAGUGUUUUCCUGAGGAAUGGAGGAGCCCCUCUGCACACAAUGUGGAUGAUCAGCUUCAUCCACAGGAACUACAAGGAAAAACAAUUCAUCUUGAUCCUCAGGAAGACUGUUACAAUCUUGUCACCCAUGAACAGUUCAUAGUAAAAGCCUUUAGGCUUUUUCAUCGCAUACCAUCUUUUGGGUUUGUAAUUGAGGAGAGAGAACGACCAGGAAAGCUUCAGACUCAAAAGCUGAAAGAUAUGGGUAUUCAACCAGGACCUUUGUAUGGGAAACUAAAAAAUGGACAGCCCGUCACUCUUAACAACGGGUUAACUGUUUUUCCUAUGGAUGUUCUGGAAGCUCCCAUUCCAGGUAGAAAAAUAUGCAUUUUGGGAGAUUGUUCAGGAACAGUGGGUGAAAAAGGUAAAAAACUUUGCAUUGAUGCUGAUGUGCUGGUGCAUGAGGCCACACUAAAUGAUAGUCAGUCUGACAAGGCUGAGGAACAUGGACACUGCACUCCGAAGACGGCUGCAGAGUUUGCAAAAUUAUGCAAAGCUAAACGGCUGGUUCUCACACACUUCAGUCAAAGAUACAAACCUACUGCCCUUACUAAUGAAGGAGAUGAUGACGUAAAGGAACUGAAGACUCAAGCUGAGCUGGUACUAGAAGGACAGGAAGUAAUUCUGGCCGAAGACUUUAUGGUGAUUGAAAUUCCUUUUAACAGGACAAAGUAACAAGUAAUCUCAGCACAGUAAAACACUAUAAUGAAGAAAUAUAGAAUGUGAUUGGAUGAAUUAUUGUAUUAACGUUGCAAUUAUUUUACAGAUUUAUUAUGGUGAAAUCUGUUACACAAGAUAACCUUGAAAUUUUAAUGAGUAUCCUUGACAAUUACUGCUUCUGAAUGAGCAUUAGAACUAGUGAUGUUUGCAUUAUUUGCUCUUAGUUCCAUGAUGUGGAAGAAUGUUAUAAAUUUAGAAAGCUACCCGAGCAGUGUGUUGAGAGUUUUGCUUCUAAUGUGGACUCGCUGUACAAAGGACUUUGCCUUAGAUGAGUUUAUACUAUAGCUCCAAAUUUCAUAGUUGUUAUUUGGAAUUUGCUGAUUUUCAAGCUACACUGGGCAGCAAGGUAGCGCAGCAGUAGAGUUGCUGCCUUACAGCGCCAGAAACCCACGUUUGAUCCUGACUACGGGUGCUGUCUGUACGGAGUUUGUACGUUCUCCCCAUGACCUGUGUGGGUUUUUUCCGGGAUCUCUGGUUUCUUCCCACAUUCUAAAGACGUACUGGUUUGUAGGCUAAUUGGCUUGGUAUAAUUGUAAAUUGUCCCUAGUGUGUAGGAUAGUAUUGGUGUGCAGGGAUUGUUGGCCAGCAUGGACUCAGUGGGCCAAAGGGCCUAUUUCCACGCUGUAUCUCUAAACUAAACACUGUUUAUGUUUGGCUAGGUGUUUGAACUUUAUAUACUCUGACUACGUGAUUGAAGUUCCCUGGUGGAAUGAACGGUCAAAUCACAAAUAUCAAAGAUUUAGUCUGGUAGAAAUGGAAUCCAAUGAAAUGUACACGGCUUUUCUCUGUAAGA